AUGUCAGGGCAAGAUGAUCCAGAUUAUGAACCAGGCAAUGGAAGGAAAUUUACUUUCAAAGAAUUCAGUUAGGACGCUUUAGAAUAAUUGGCCAUAGCUAAGAACUUCGAUAAAUUGUAUAAAUUAGCAGAAAGAGCACCACAACACACAUUGACUUACGAGAAACUCAAAUUUAAUGAUGAAAUCUACAAGACUGGAGAGUCAAUUCUCAUAAAUGUCAAAAAUUUUGAAUUUAUAGCAACAAUAAAGAAAAUAAUUAGCAUAAAAUCUCAGAAAAAUGACCAAGAACUACCUUUAGUCAUAAUCAAUCUGUAUUGUAACAAAGACAAAAUUGCAUCGCAAUAUUAAGAACAAAAAGAGUAUAUGGGAAUGUCAGAAUUGUUUUUGACAGAAGAAGAACAUGCAAUUUUAGUGGAUGCAAUACAAUCUAAAGUUCUGGUGUUAAGUUACGAGGAUUAUGAACAAUAUGAAUUCAAGGACGCAGUGUAUUUUACUAGAGCAUUCUAUAACACGAAAAGUGAAGAGUUUCUGCCAGAGAUAAGUAAAUGGCCAAAAGUCUGCUAUUGUAAAAAACCACAAAACCCUGAUCUGCCAUAUGUGUUUUGUGAUAUGUGUAAUCAAUGGAUUCAUCUUAAAUGUGAAGGAUUGACAGAAGAAUAGGUCUAAAACAUAGAAUCCUUCAUUUGCACAUAUUGUAAAGGAAAAUGA